AUGUUGUCCUCAUCUUCCAUAUUAAUUGUUUCUAUCGCUUUAGCUGCUACCGCGAGUGCCGUUCCAGAUGGUGCUAAUCCAUAUACCAUUUACCCAAGUGUUGCUAAAACCGCUUCCAUCAAUGGUUUCGCUGACAGAAUCUACGACCAAUUGCCAGAAUGUGCUAAAGAAUGUGUCAAGCAAAGUACCAGUAACACCCCAUGUCCAUACUGGGAUACCGGUUGUUUGUGUGUCAUGCCUCAAUUCGGUGGUGCUGUUGGUAACUGUGUUGCUAAAAACUGUAAAGGUAAAGAUGUUGGUUCUGUUGAAUCUUUAGCUACUUCCCUUUGUUCAGCUGCUGGUGUUUGGGAACCAUACUGGAUGAUCCCAUCAAGUGUUUCUGAUACUUUGGCUAAAGCUGCCAAUGCAGCAACCGCAACAACUACAGCAGAAACAACAACUAAAUCUUCCGUUGCUGUACCAACCACUGCUACUGAAACUAGUCCUAUUGCAUCUACUUCUCAUGAAAGUAAAGUAGCUGAAACAUCUGCUGCUCUAAAAACUCUUUCAACUGAAAGUACCACUCCAGCCGAAACAUCAAAAUCCAAAGAAACCUCAAAGGCUGCUGAAACUACCAAAGCUGAAGAAUCUUCUGUUGCUCAAUCUUCUUCUGCUACUGGUGUUGCUUCUGUUUCAGUUGAAACUGCCAACGCCGGUAACAUGCCAGCUGUUGCUAUUGGUGGUGUUAUUGCUGCUGUUGCUGCCUUAAUCUAA